UUAAUGAAUGUACACAGAGAGACGAGAGUAGCAAAGUGCAAAUAUUAAACAUUUCAAGCGCUAUAAACAAGUUAAAAGCAACAAACAGUAUAAUACGACCUGUUUAGAUUUGUCUUUUCAAGCGAAAUCCGCAAUGGAGCCGGCAAGGAAACGAGGUGCACUAGCGGGGGCUGGCGAACCGAACCCCACAGGUCCCGACGAUCUUGUUACGGAAAUGUCCAUUGAUGUUGAAUUUGAGGGACGCAGCCCAGAAAUCACAGAUUUUCAUUGCAUUAAACAGUUAUUACAACAACUAUUCUUAAAGGCCCCUGUAAACUUGUCUGAUAUGACUUCAGUAUUAAUUCAUCAACCCAACAUUGGGUCAGUUAUAAAGCAAGUUGCUGAUAAUGAUGAUGAUGAUGAUGAAGAUGAUGAUGACUAUUAUGGUGUUGAUGCCAACCAAGUAUUUGGAAUAACUUCAAUAAUUAAUAUUACAGAGAAGACAAGUGAAUGUGUAGAAAAUUUACAGAAAUUAUUGUUGGACUUGAGUAACUUGCAUAGUGAUAGUAACACAACACGAUUUGUAAACAAAUUAUUGAGUGAUGAUGAUAAUCAAGUUGGAUUGGUAAUAAACGAAAGAUACGUCAACAUACCCCCACCUAUUUCUGUGCCAUUAUUUCAAGCCCUUCGCAAGGAAUUGUCCAAGCUAAAAAUCAAGAAACAAUCAUACAAUUUUGAUUAUAUUAUUAUGAUAUGCAAAAUUUACAAAGUGAAAAAGGAUAAGAAGGCAAACAAAAGUUAUGAAGACUCAGAAAUAAUAUGGUCAAAUGGUGAAGAGGAGUUCUUUGACGAAGCAGCAGAUUACAAGUUUGAGUUUUGUGUGCAAAAUGACAAGGGUUCUGGCUUGGCAGGCAGCUGGGUAGAGUCAGAUCCUGAAAUGAUUCCUUUUAGACGUGUUCUUAUUUUCUCCAUGGAAAAAUUCUGUUCAAUAACAAACCAACUUGAAUCUUUGUUAGGAAGCAAUGGUGCCAAAAGCUAUCAGCAUGAAGGUUAAUUCGCUCUUUAUACAUUUUUUUUAUUAAGUUAAGUUAAAUUUAUUGCAUUUUUUUCAAUAUAAUUUAAUGGCAUAUAAUUAAAUUUAAAAUUUCUACUAAUUUUCCUACAUAUUAUUAAUUUAUAUUCAAGAAAAAAAUACAUGAUUAUUAGAGUGUGAAUGACAA